AUGGUAAUGGUGAUUGUCACAACCCUUUUGAUUAUAUUUGUGACUGUGGUGUUGAAGGUUGGCUAUGACACCAUUUCAUGUUACUGGCUCACUCCAAUGCGCAUAAGGAAGAUGAUGAAGAAACAAGGUGUGCAUGGUCCUAAACCCAGUUUUCUCAUUGGCAACAUCACAGAAAUGACAUCUCUUGUUUCAGCAGCAGUUUCUCAAGACAUGAAAACUAUCAGCCAUGAUAUUGUUCGUCGUAUUUUGCCACAUUUUGUUGUCUGGUCCAACCAAUAUGGAAAGAGAUUCUUGUAUUGGAAUGGAAUAGAACCAAGAUUGUGUCUAACAGAAACUGCACUGAUAAAGGAAUUUCUGUCAAAGUACAACUCCAUAUCUGGAAAAUCAUGGCAACAACAACAAGGUACCAAACAUUUCAUUGGGAAAGGGUUGUUAAUGGCCAAUGGUAAAGAUUGGCAGUACCAACGUCACAUGGUUGCCCCAGCGUUCAUGGGAGAGAGACUUAAGGGCUAUGCUGGGCAUAUGGUGGAAUGCACAAAGGAUAUGCUUCAAUCAUUGCAAAAUUCAUUAGAAAGUGGGCAAAGUGAAUUAGAGAUUGGAGAGUACUUAACUGAACUCACUGCAGAUAUUAUCUCAAGAACUGAGUUUGGCUCAAGCUAUAAAAAGGGAAAGCAACUUUUCUUUCUCCUCACACAGCUUCAGACUCGUUGUGCUCAAGCAACUCGCCAUCUUUUCCUUCCUGGAAGCAGGUUUUUCCCAAGCAAGUACAAUAGAGAGAUAAAGAGUUUGAAGAUGGAGGUGGAGAAACUCUUGAUGGAGAUGAUAAAGAGUAGGGAAGAUUGUGUGGAGAAAGAGAGAAGCAAUUCAUAUGGGAAUGAUUUAUUGUGCAUACUCUUGGAUGAGAUGAAGAAAGAGGGUGGUAGCUUGAAUCUUCAACUAGUUAUGGAUGAAUGCAAAACAUUUUUCUUUGCUGGUCAUGAAACCACUGCUCUCUUACUCACUUGGACAGUCAUGUUGCUAGCAACAAAUUCACAUUGGCAAGACAAAGUUAGAGCUGAGAUCAAACACAUUUUCAAAGGGGAAACUCCAUCACUUGAUAAACUCUCCAAGCUCACUCUGUUACAGAUGGUGAUAAAUGAGGCAAUGAGAUUGUAUCCUCCUGCAACUGUGCUUCCGAGAAUGGUUUUUGAAGAUAUUGAGUUGGGAGAUCUACACAUUCCAAAGGGCUUAUCAAUUUGGAUUCCAGUGUUGGCCAUUCAUCAUAGUGAAGAACUGUGGGGUGAAGAUGCAAACGAAUUCAACCCUGAGAGGUUUGCUUCAAAAUCAUUCAUAUCUGGUCGCUUCAUACCCUUUGGUUUUGGCCCUAGAAACUGUGUUGGACAAUCAUUUGCCAUGAUGGAGGCCAAGAUCAUACUAGCCAUGUUCAUAUCUCACUUUAGCUUCACCAUUUCUCAGAGUUAUAAGCAUGCACCAGUGCUUCUCCUCACAAUUAAACCUAAACAUGGUGUUCAAGUUUGUUUGAAGCAUUUAGAUCCAUAA